AAAUGGUCCAAAGCCUCAAAAAUCUCUCUGUGCUUUCACAGUCUAAAACUCCAGAACGCAAAAAAUUGCUCCUAGAGCCUUCUUCCUUGAGUUUAAUCGAUCACACUCCUAAAUCGUUCGCUAUCUUCAACUUGGAUAAUCAUAAAAUAAGUAUUUAUUGGAACAAACAACAAAUGGAUAAUAAUAAAACGCCUUUUUAUUCGCCACCUUUAUCCAGCCACGGCAAUGGCGACGAUACCGAAUAUUCCGUUGAUUUCUCAGUAUUCCGUCGAGAGAUCGGAGCUCUGCUCCUUGAGUUUCUCCGCCGCCGUGCGAUCUCUCGUUGCCAGGACUCUAGCUAGUGAGAAUGCCGUUAGAAUCGGCUAUGGCGGUGGUAGGUGCGCUAAUGCCGGAAUUGUGUGUAGAGCGGCCUCGCUCCAGCGGCAAGCGGCGAUUGAAGGUCUCAACAUCGCUGAAGAUGUUAGCCAGCUUAUUGGGAAGACACCAAUGGUUUACUUAAACAAAAUUGUAAAAGGCUGUGUUGCAAAAGUAGCUGCCAAGCUUGAGAUUAUGGAGCCAUGCCGCAGUGUCAAGGAUCGGAUAGGAUACAGUAUGCUAAUUGAUGCUGAGAAAAGAGGCCUUAUAACUCCUGGAAAGACUAUUUUGGUUGAAUCUACAAGUGGAAAUACUGGAAUUGGCAUUGCCCAUCUGGCUUCCUUUAAAGGAUACAAGCUCAUUUUUACAAUGCCGGAGUCCAUGUCUCUUGAGAGGAAAGUUCUCUUGAAAGCUUUUGGAGCUAAGCUUGUUUUAACUGAAGCAUCCAAAGGCUUGAUUGGAGCUCUUCGAAAAGCUGAAGAGAUAUUGCAUAGCACUCCAAAUGCUUAUAUGCUUGGACAGCCUGACAACCCUGCAAACCCUCAGAUUCACUAUGAAACCACUGGCCCGGAGAUAUGGGAAGAUACAAAAGGCAAGGUGGACAUACUUGUUGCAGGGAUAGGCACCGGUGGGACUAUUUCGGGCACUGGUCGUUACCUCAAAAAAUGCAAUCCUAACGUCAAGGCUAUCGGCGUGGAACCAGCGGAAAGUAAUAUACUAACAGGUGGCGAGCCCGGUCAUCACGAAAUUCAAGGGAUUGGAGCUGGUUUUAUACAGAAGAAUUUAGAUCUACAAAUCGUUGAUGAAGUUAUAGCGAUAUCAAGCGAUGAAGCAUUAGAAACCGCAAGGCAACUGGCUCUUCAAGAAGGGCUACUGGUGGGUAUUUCUUCCGGAGCAGCAGCAGCUGCUGCUAUAAGGGUAGCAAAGAGACCUGAAAAUGCAGGAAAACUUAUCACGGUUGUGUUUCCCAGCUUCGGGGAGAGGUACUUGUCCUCAGUUCUUUUCAAGUCCAUACGGGAAGAAUGCAUGACGAUGCAACCGGAAGAAUAAAUUUCAUCGCUUCACGGGCUCUCGUCCACAGCUCAUCCUCAUCACUUACUAGCAACAGGGGACACAAGAUUUUGAUUUUGUUGUAUAUAUGUAUUUAAAGAAUCUAUAGUUGAAUGCUGUGGAUUUCUGUUAAACAUUGAUGGAAAUUUUGAGCUUUAACAUCUUGAUUGAUGAUUGUAACCAAAUGUUGUAUACAUGUUUUCCAGUUGUGUAAUCACACAAUGAAAUAAAUCGGUGAUUUAUCCAAA